CGGUGUCACGGUUACAUGCUGACAUGUCACUGGGAAAAGCGGCACGUAGUUUAGUCAGACCGGUGCGGGGAUUCCUGCGGUCCCCGGACUCCGUCCCGGGGCGCAGCUAUGCGGCCGUCGCCGAGGCCCGGGCGGUGCUGGAGCAUGAGCUGGAGUCGAUCCGAGCCGCGGGGACGUGGAAGGCGGAGCGGAUCAUCACCUCCCCGCAGGGACCGCAGAUCAGCGUGGACGGCAGUCGUGGCACUAUAUUGAACUUCUGUGCCAACAAUUACCUGGGACUGUCCAGCCAUCCAGAGGUGGUCAAGGCCGGGAUUGAUGCUCUGAAGUCCCACGGUGCUGGACUGAGCUCUGUUCGAUUCAUCUGUGGCACACAGAAUCUGCACAAACAUCUGGAACAGAAGCUUGCAGAGUUUCAUGAGAGAGAGGACUGCAUCCUCUAUGCUAGUUGUUUCGAUGCCAAUGCUGGAUUGUUUGAGGUGCUGUUGGGCCCAGAUGACGCGGUGCUGUCUGACGAGCUCAACCACGCCUCCAUCAUUGACGGGAUCCGCCUGUGUCGAGCCAAGAGGCUGCGCUACAAACACAUGGACCUCAGCGACCUGGAGAUCAGACUCAAGGAGUCGCAGUCAUCGCGCAUGCGGCUGAUAGUGACAGACGGAGUCUUCUCUAUGGAUGGAGACGUAGCUCCCCUGCAGGGGAUUUGUGACCUGGCUGAACAGUACGGCGCCAUGGUGUUCAUAGAUGAGUGUCACGCCACGGGCUUCCUCGGGGCACGGGGCAGAGGAACAGACGAGCUCCUUGGAGUGAUGGACAGAGUUCAUAUUGUAAACUCCACUCUGGGUAAAGCGCUGGGAGGAGCAGCUGGUGGCUACACAGUUGGUCCGAAGCCUCUCAUUGACCUGCUCAGGCAGCGCUCGCGGCCCUACCUAUUCUCCAACGCCCUCCCCCCGCCCGUCGUGGCCUGCUCCACCCGAGCUGUGGAGCUGCUGCUCGCCUCCAAUGAGAUCGCACAGAGCAUGACAGCCAAAACCACCAAAUUCCGAAACAGGAUGACGCAGGCCGGCUUCACCAUCGCAGGCUCAAUGCACCCCAUCUGUCCCGUGAUGCUCGGUGAUGCACGGCUAGCGUCUUUGAUUGCUGAUGAAAUGCUGACACACGGAAUCUAUGUGAUUGGAUUCUCUUAUCCAGUUGUACCAAAGGGCAAAGCCAGAAUCCGAGUUCAGAUCUCGGCUGCACACACAGACGAAGACAUUGACCGGUGCGUGGACGCUUUCAUCGAGACUGGCAGAAAGCACGGCGUCAUCUCCUGAAAACGUCAAUGGAGCAGGAAUUUAAGAGGAUUCAGCAAACCUGUUGCCUUUAAGGAUCACGCUGCCUGUUACAUGAGACCUAUGAAUGAUGGUGAUGGAAAUAUUAGUUACAAUCUUAGGUCAUGGGAGUAGAAUGUUAUUUUUGUGUUCGCUCAACAGAAUAAAGCAGUUUGGUAAAAGUGUAGAUGUUUGUAUUUGAAGGAAAAAAGGGCUUAUAUUUCCACACCUCCUGUAAAUCUUAUAAUAACAGGAAGAUAAUUCUUAAAUCCAGGAAUGUGAUGCAUUACCAGCAUGUAUUAUGGCAAAGUUGUAAUUACAACUAAAAGAACUGAAGCCUUACGUUUCUUACCUCAGAAAUAAUAAAAUAUAACUUCCAAUAUUUGAUAUUUGAAAGUUAUGGAUAAUUGAUCACCCAGCAAAUAAUCCUUUCAAAGAAUUAAAUUAAUUCAUUUAUAUAGCGUCUAUUACAAUACAAGUUGUUUCUAGGCACUUCCCAGAGACCCAGAACAAGACUAAAAUGAAAUAAAAAGAAGGAAACAUGCUCAACCUGGAUUUUGCAGUGGAUAUCUUGCAUGAAGCUGGUAUGACAUGUGGAAAACAAAAUGCGACUCUGAUGCUGGAUUUUCAAUAGGAUUUAGUAGAUGUGAUUUUGUAAUGAGGUUGUCUGUAUAAAGGGAAAGUUAUUAAAAACGUUAAAAGAGAA